CCUCCUCCACUCUCUCUCAGAAAUUACAAAAAAAAAAUAUAUUCUGGGUUUUCUUCUGUAAUGCGGUUUGGGGUUUCUGGGAACUAGGGCUUUCUCAUCGGGUACGAAAAGGGGAUUCUUUUUUGGGUUUUUCUCGAAGAGUUUACAAGGAAAAAGGGUAUUUUUGUGCUGUAAUUUUUGGGGGCUAGAUUCAAAUCCUCGUUUGAAAUGGUUUUGUUUUGUGAGAUUUUCUUCGGAGAAGAAGGGAAUUUAGAAGAUGGAGAGUGGGAGAAAGAAAGAUAAUAAUCUGUGAUUUUGAAAAGAUAAAAAAAAAAUUAACUCAGAACGGUAAAAGAAAAGGGUUAAUCUUUCCUCUGUUGCAGAAACGGGUGAACAAAAAAAAAAACAAAGAUCACAAGCUGAGUUACAGAGGAUCGUUUCUUCUUUAGGGUCAUCAAGAAAUCAUGUCCGCAACCAUAAUCACUGACCAAACGCUGCUGGUUUCAACACCAGCACCAGAAAUCGUGGUCACAGUGGUUCAUCAACCGGUCCAAGCCCAGAAAAAUCUCGGUGCGACGCAAGCCGAUGAACCGGAACCGGUUACAUGCGAUUGCUGCGGAUUGACCGAGGAGUGCACACAAUCGUACAUCGACACCGUACGUGAACGUUACAUGGGCAAAUGGAUCUGUGGACUUUGUGCAGAAGCAGUGAAGUACGAGGUCAUAAGAACAGAGAGGCUCAUAACUACAGAGGAAGCCAUGGCUAGGCACAUGAACAUGUGCAACAAGUUCAAAUCUUCCAGCCCUCCGCCGGAUCCGACUAUUCAUUUGAUCUCUGCAAUGAGACAGAUCUUGAGAAGGACUUUGGAUUCUCCGAGGAUGCUUCGAUCGAUGCCGAGUAGUCCGUCUAAGGAUGACAAGAACGAAGGUUCGGCUGUUUUGUCUAGGUCCGGUAGCUGUUUUGCCACUUUGACAAGCUCGUGAUGGAGGAUAGAAAACCGGUUCCGGUUUAUAUUGGUUGUGGCUCGGUUUAGGGUGGACCGGGUUCUGCAACGGGGGGUUUAGGGAUGUGGAUGAUGCUGUACUUGUGAAGAAUUUUGGGGAAUUGAAAUGUUAUUAUAAAGCAAGAAAUUUUCUGUUUAUGUUCUUGAGAAUUUUGGUGCUUUCUUC